AUGGAAAACAAUAAGAUACACUAUAUUGAUGGUUCCGACUUGCGCAAUCUCGUUUUCCUAACAGAAAAUAUGCCAAAACCUGUCGAAAUCAGUUUUUCUCAUAAUCCAUUGCUCUGCAAUUGCCAGUCGGAAGCGUUUAUUUCAUGGUUAUCUUCGUAUUUCGAAACAAACAAAAGACGAAAGUAUACUUGUACCUUAGAUGGCGAUGAUAUUGUAGUUGAUGAUAAAGCAGUUGACGAAGCAAAGUUCCUGUGCAUACGUUCAAGAGUAGUGGCAGUUUCAGUGUCAACGGGUAUAGCAAUUUUCUUCAUCAUCUCUCUAGCUAUUACGUUCACCGUAUACAGGAAACGAAAACGAGAAAUUGUACGAAAAAGGGCAAACUUUCUAGAAGAUUUUAAAAACGGAUUACUGGAACAGAAGUUUUUAUGUUUUGUAUCGUUUUCCAGUGAAGACGAAGGACAUGACAUCGGUCUAAUUUAUGAAAAGCUAAGAGAAUCGUUGAAAGCAUUGACGGGAAUAGAGCAAGAAGUAGUACGUUUUGGUGAUAAACAUAUUAAUCCAGGAUUUCCGAUCGUUGAUGAAAUAUUGCGAUGUGUAUCAGAGAGCUGUGUCGCAUUUUUUGUGGUUUCAAACAGUUUCUGUGAAAGCCGCUGGUGUCAAAUGGAAAUUCGUGAAGCCUACCAACUUAAGAAACCCAUUAUUCUUAUUUGCAAAGAGGAUAUUGACUUAACAAUAAUGACACCUUUGAUGUUGAAAAUAUUUAGACAGUUUACACGAGCCAAAUUCGUUACUAAUGAAAAUGAUCAAAUGGAACUUGUACCAGACUUCAGUCAUUUUUCAAGUUCAAUUCUUAAACUCGCAGCCUUGCGGUACGAAGAAGGUACUUACUAG